AAAAAAAAAAAAAAAAUUGUGUAGCUUUUCUCUUGUUUGUUGUUGUUGUCGCUCGUGGUGGUCACCUGUGGCAGAAUUGAUACAGAAGUGAAUUUGUUAAAACCUUUCAAGUUAAACACAAAAUAACUGCCUCAGAAUGGGAAAUGAGACAUCGCUGCCCAUGGAUAUGUGCUCGAAUUUCGAUGCAGAUGAAAUUCGUCGACUGGGUAAACGUUUCCGUAAACUGGAUCUGGACAAUUCGGGAGCACUGAGCAUAGAUGAGUUCAUGUCGCUGCCAGAGCUGCAGCAGAAUCCUCUAGUCCAGCGGGUUAUCGACAUCUUCGAUGCGGAUGGCAAUGGUGAGGUUGAUUUCAAGGAAUUCAUUCAAGGUGUCUCACAGUUUAGUGUACGGGGCGAUAAAUUGUCCAAGCUUCGUUUUGCAUUCCGCAUCUAUGACAUGGACAACGAUGGCUACAUUUCGAAUGGUGAACUCUUUCAGGUGCUCAAAAUGAUGGUGGGCAAUAAUCUGAAGGAUACACAAUUGCAACAGAUUGUCGAUAAGACAAUUUGUUUUGCCGACAAAGAUGAAGAUGGCAAAAUCUCAUUCGAUGAGUUUUGCUCGGUUGUCGGUAAUACGGAUAUACAUAAGAAAAUGGUUGUGGAUGUUUAAUUGGACAUAUGUUGUAUAUACAUACAUACAUACAUAUGUACACACAUACAUAUGUAUAUGGAUACUAUACUAUAUGCUACCAUAUAAACAUAUUGACUAUGGUCUAUACCUUAAGACAAUUCUGGCUAUGACAUAUAGAAAAGCAAAAGCCAAAGCAAAGAUACAGCCGACUAAAAUCGACGAAAAUCAAAUAUCAUUAAUGUGACUCUUAAAAAAAAAAACAAAAAAAAAAAAAACAACUACAAAUACUAUUUGUUAUUU